AUGUUUCUCCCGUUUGUCAUUUGGUUUGCUGCUAUUUUCGUUCAAACAGCAUCUGUUCGAAUUUACGAACAAUGUGGAGGUAUCGGAUAUACCGGAUCAACUCAAUGUGAUGGAGGUCUUCAAUGUUUUCGUCGUACAGAAUGGUUUUCAUCUUGUCAAACAUCAUGUCCUGCAGGAUGGGAGUGCAUAACACAGUAUGGAGGUGGUGCUGCUCAACCUUGGGAUCAAUGUGGUGGCGAUGGUUGGCGUGGAGCAGUGGGAUGCACAGCUGGAUACAAUUGUUAUGCAAGAAGCAUUUGGUAUUCACAAUGUCGACCAGAUUGUCCAGGUGAUUGGAUUUGUUCAGGCUACGUGGUUCCUACUGCACCGACUACAGUUCUACCCACCACAGUUCAACCCACUACAGUUCAACCCACUACAGUUGAACCUACAUUGAAUUCUACUACAGCAAUCAAUGUCACAAUGCCGUCAACUGAUGCUCCAGUUACUGAUGGUGACGAUGAAGAUGAAGAUGAAGAUGACGAUGAAGAUUAUAGUGAUAUAGAAGAAUAUGUUGACAAUGGAGAUGACGAAGAGCUUGAAACUGAUGACUUUCCAGAUCCAUCCGAAUAUAAUCUAGACGAACAACAACAGAAGGAAGACACAAAUACAUAUGAGCCAGAUGAAUUUGACGAAGAUCGUAGAAAAAAACGAAGCCUAGCAAUUUCUUCACGAGCUGGUUGCUCUGUCAGUGGUAAAUCUGGUACAUGUAUCGAUACAAAGAAAUGUACAGGUACAACCCAUGCUGGUCACUGUCCAGGAGCUAAAAAUAUUCAAUGUUGUAUAAAAAAAACGGCUGCCGCUGGUUCUGGUACAACAUGUGGUUCAUAUGCCGGUACAAAAUCAAGUGGAAUCAAAGGCAAUGGUGGUGUAACCUAUAGUGUUGUUAAAGUUAAACGUACACAUUUGGCAAAUCCAUCAUCUUAUUCAUUAUCAUCCAGUCAAAGUGAUAAUACAAUGACAGCAAAAACUGCUUGUGCAUUUGAUAAAAUGUAUACAGCAGCAUCAAAAGCUGGUGUAAGUAUCAAAAUUGCCAGUGCAUUCCGUACAGUCGCUCGUCAAAAUUAUUUUUGGAAUUGUUAUGUAACGAAAAAAUGUAACAAUGGAAAUCUAGCUGCACGUCCCGGCACAUCAAAUCAUGGAAAAGGUCAAGCACUAGAUUUAAACACAAAUUGUGGUAAACAAACGGGUGCACGGCCAGCUUGUGGUGGAUCGAAAGUGUAUCAAUGGUUAUACAAAAAUGGUCAUAAAUACGGUUUUACUCGUACAGUAAAAAGUGAACCAUGGCACUGGGAAUUUAAAGGUGUGGGAGUUGGAAGAGCAUCCUUUUCAUAA